UAAUUAAUAAAUUUUAUAUGAAUACACCUAGUUACCGGGAAUUAAAACUAUUAUUAUUUUAAGUGAAGUGCAUACUACUCUGAAAAUAGCAGUUACCGAAGAAAUUACGUUACAUUUUGUGAUGGUGGUGCAGCAGUAGCGGGGAUGUUGCCGCUGCGGUUGCGGCGCGUGUGCGGUUUCGACGGCCGCACCAACGACGUGCUGUUCCAGCCCGCUAGUGCGCCCGAAGCGCGCACGCAGACGCUCGUCUUCUUUGGUGGAGAUGUGCAGGAUUACCCAGAGGUUAUGCAGGCGCAUCGAGAUAACAAGAACUACUUGAAAUGGAACUUGGAGAACACGGCUCGUAUGCUGGGGAAAGACUUCCCCUCGAAACACAUUGUGGUCAUUAGACCUGUUAGGAUAGAAUACAAGAGUUUCAGCUGCUACGACAACUUCGUGCCGAGCAACAACGCCGGAGUGCCCGACCACACGCCCACACACAAUGCGCUACAUCAUUUAGAAAGGUUAUUGCAAGGAGUGGGCAACAGACUGAGAGCGCAGCCGACCGUGGAGCUACUGGAAGCGAUGUCGGCAGUAUCGUUGCCGGAGGAAAUAGAUAUAGAGGAGCUACAUAACGCGUCGAUAAGAGGGCUUAGCUCUAACGGGUGUAGCGACAACGGCGCCGGCUGCAGUGACGGACACAAGCCUGGUCUAGACCCGCUGUGGUGGCGUGAGAAGUUGGCGCUGGACGAAAGCGCUCUCACCCUGGUGGGGUUCAGCAAAGGGUGCGUGGUGCUCAACCAGUGUAUAUACGAGUUCCAUUACACCAAGACCCUCACGCCUGGAGACGCGCAUAUGAUGAAGUUCAUAGAGCGGAUAGAGGACAUGUACUGGCUGGACGGCGGGCACGCUGGCGGCAAGAACACCUGGAUCACUUCGCGCAGCCUGCUCGAGACACUCACCAGGCUAGAUGUGAACAUCAACAUACACGUAAGUCCGUACCAGGUGCUGGACGAGGGCCGGCCGUGGAUCGGCCGCGAGGAGAAAGCCUUCACCGGUCUGCUCAAGAAACUCGGAGCUAAGGUGAGCCGCUACCUGCACCCGGUGGCGGGAUCGCCGCAGUCGCUGCAGACUCACUUCGACGUGCUCACGCGGUUCAAGGCCGCGCAAGAUGGCGGCCUGCCCUGAGCCCGCAAACGCGCGCACGCUCGCACACACACGCGUACGCACAGCAUGCACUAUCGAUCUUGUAUACGUAAAAAGAAAUAUUGAUCGAUGGAUGAAAAUGAAUUAGAGAAUUCGCAUUACAUAUUUACUCAUCAAGUUUUCAUCUGCCAUCUUGAAAAUGACACCUCAUUAUAAAAUAUCAAUUAUUGUUCAAUAUUAACGAUAUCUAGAAGGAGACCGAUAUUAAUGAGAUUGAGUUUAAAAUUAUGUUGUGUUAAAUUUAAGACAAAAUUAAUGAAUUGAGAUUUCGGACCGUCCGUAUCAUUAUAAGUUUAUACUUCAUAUUGAAGAUAAUUCUAUUAUAUAUAUUACAGUUAACUUAUUUUUUCUUGCAUGUUAUUCCCUUGUUCAUUAGGGCGCGUUCAGACAUGCUCGUUUUCUACGCGUACGCGAUUUUUUUUAAUAAAAUUAG